GGAAAACUCCUGAACUCAACAAUCUCUGAGUCCUGGGUUGAAACUGGAGAUCAGUCAGUGGUGUAUAUAAGUCAACGAUGCCUUGAAAUAUAAAAUAGAUAUAUCAAACUACGUUUCGAGGAAAUCUAGUUUGAUCAACACAAAAUGAAACCUCUUGGUCUUGUCGCCGUAGUGGCCACAGGAUAUCUAUUUUACUUCCUCGGACGUUGCAUUUAUAACCUAUUCUUUCACCCUUUAAAAUCAUACCCAGGACCAAAACUAUGGGCGGCUUCUAGAAUUCCCAUGUCAUAUUGGAGAUUAAGAGGUGCUCUUCCAUAUAGGAUUAAAGAACUUCAUGAUCAAUAUGGUGAUGCGGUUAGAGUUGCUCCCAACUUUCUAGACUACAAUUCCUCGGUUGCCUGGGAAGACAUUUGUGGUUUUGUGAAGGAUCAUCACAAAAAUAAUUUUCAAAAGGAUCUGAGGGAACAAAGUAUAUUGAAGGAUCAAGGUGCAAAUAUAAUCACCGCAAGGGGAGAUGACCAUCGAAGAUUUCGUCGCAUUCAAUCACACAUUUUCUCUGAGAAAGCCCUCGCAUCUCAAGAACCUCUUAUCCAAGAUUAUGCUCGACAGUUUAUCUCUGGACUUAUAAAGUUUUCUUCUCUCGAUCCAAACAAUAGUAUUAAUAUCGGUCAAUGGUAUAAUUAUACUACCUUCGAUCUGAUCGGAGAUCUUGCGUUUGGAGAACCUUUUGAUUGUGUCAAGACUGGAGAAACACAUGAAUGGAUUGGCUUACUUCUCGGAGCCCUAGAAAUCGUUCCCAUUAUAAGCGAGUUGACAAGAUAUCCAAUUCUUGGGGCUCUUGCAUUCUUUCUUGUUCCAAAAAGUAUGGCAGAUAAAUUUGAGCAUCAUGAACAACUCUCAAAGGAAAAAGCGUACCGACGCCUGGAUACACCGAGAGAUAAACCCGAUUUCAUGAGCUAUAUCAUCAAGCACAAUGAUACAGAAAAAGGAAUGACACGAGAGGAAAUCGGGGCCAAUGCAAGCAUAUUAAUUUCUGCUGGUAGUGAAACGACUGCAUCUCUUCUCAAUGGCGUAACAUGUUACCUCCUCCGCUUCCCCACUGCCCUUCAAAACCUCGCUCUCGAGCUAAGAAGCACCUUCCAAACCAAAGAAGAUCUCACUCUCCAAGCUCUCGCUUCUUGUAAAUACCUCAACGCCGUCCUCGAAGAAGGACUCCGCAUGUACCCCCCCGUCCCAUCUACCCUCGCCCGUGAGGUUCCUAAGGGUGGAAGUAUAGUCGCUGGCCAAUUCGUUCCUGCCGGAGCAUCCGUCGGUGUCAGUUUCAUAGGCUCGCAAUUCUCCGCUGAUAAUUUCCAUCUACCGUAUGAAUUUCAUCCCGAGAGAUGGCUUAGUGUCGCAGAUGUUGAGGAAUUGAAAGCGAAAUUUCCAGAUAUGAAACUAAAUGAUCCGAGAAUUUUUGAAGGUGAUGAUAAGAAAGCUCGACAACCGUUCAGUUAUGGGCCGGCGAAUUGUAUAGGUAAGAAUUUGGCAUAUGCAGAAAUGAGAGUUUUGCUUGGGAAUGUGGUGUGGGGAUUUGAUUUGGAGGGGGGGAAAGAUAGUGAGACUUGGUUGGAGAGAAAUAAGAUUUAUGUGUUGUGGAAAAAACCGGAGUUGUGGGUUAAGUUGAAGAGAGUCAAUGUUUAGGUGAUGGGUAUGGGAGUGAGUUGUGGGAUUUGAGACUGUGAUUUGGGACUGUGAUUUUGAACUUGAGGUUUAUGGGAAACUUGAGGGUGUGAUGGUAUAGGGAUGAAAUUGCUGUUCACUCGUUGUAUCGUGUAUCAUGAUACAUAUACAUCGUUCUUGAAGUGUUUUGUUGGAGGUAUUCAUUCAUAGGCUUUCGAGGUAUAUAUCCUCAUUUUGUUAUGAUACUGGACACUCUUUUCUCUUGUCUAAAUACUCUCGUUAACGACUCUCCACAUUUUUAUAGCAACCCUUGUUGAAUUUAAAUCCAAAAUUCAAGUAACGAAUUAUUGAGACUCUAUUUCAUGUUUGAGAGAACUAACACGUUCAUCAUAUAGUAACCAUACACUUCUAUUUAGUCGAUCUCAAAAACACAUCAAAAUAAAUCUUUUUUUAUUAUUUUUUAUUUGAAAAACAGAUUGUUAUUCUUUUGAACAAAUUUAUUGUAUUGAAACUCAAUAGUUUAAUAGUUUAAUAGUUUAUAUAUUAAUAA